AACUACCGCGGGAACCAUCCUGGCCGCAACACUGGUAUCAUAAAAACAAAUAAAAUAUAAACAUAAAGUUGAAAACAACAGGACUGUGUGACGUGUAGUGAAGUGGUUUUGUUACGGACAUGAUUUGAUGAUACUCCAUCGGCGCUGGAAUGACAUGCUACGAUUCAUUCCACAGUCUGCCGCCGUAGAAAAUGUUUCGUAGCGUAUGGCCCACUACAAUUUUAUUUUUAAUAUGGCUAUGCAAUGACGUCACAUCGAAGAGGAAUCACACGCUUAAACCAAGAGUAGUUCUGCCGGAAAAUUAUGUCAAAGAAAUGCGUCCUCCAUCUCGCAAAGGGCAACCUGUAGUUGUGGAAUUCAGUAUAUACGUUGUCGAUGUAAACUCUAUUAACGUUGAAGAUAUGGACUUCAGAGUGGACAUGUUUAUUAGACAAACAUGGGUUGAGAGCAGAUUGCAACUUCCUGAGGACAUCUUCGAAGAAGGUGACGACCACGUGACGUUGCCUCCUGAGUUCUUCGACAAUCUGUGGCAUCCUGACCCAUAUUUUCUUAAUUCUAAAGUAACAGAGAUCGCAGAGCUUACGCACAAGUUUUCUUCGGUGACGUUGUACAGAAACCAAACGGUGCGCUAUGCGGCGCGGAUGCAUGCGAUCAUCGCUUGCCAGAUGGAAUUUCAACUCUAUCCCAUGGACAUACAGUCGUGUCCCAUUUACAUUGAGAGCUUUUCCUAUAGUAACCAAAAAGUAAGGUUCAGGUGGAGUGAAGCUGGAGUCACUAUAAACCCUGAACUGAAGUUGCUGCAAUAUCACAUCGGCGAGCCUUUGCGGUUAGAGGAGACGAACGGCUAUAUGAUUGAUAAGGAUGGUAACUUCUCAAGACUUGUAGUAUACUUCAGAUUUGAGAGGCAAAUUGGCCAUCACUUGAUACAAACCUUUGCGCCGUCCGCUUUAGUGGUCAUGCUGUCAUGGUUUAGCUUCUGGCUGGACCUGGAUGCGAUUCCAGGUCGAGUGACGCUCCUCGUCACUUGUAUGCUGACCCUGGUCACUAUGUUCACGGGGUUGCGAGCUGAUAUACCACCAGUUGCUUACGUCAAGGCUCUAGACCUUUGGAUGGCUGGCUGCAUGAUGUUCGUAUUCGCGGCUCUAGCGGAAUUUGUUGUAGUCAAAGUUUUAGACAAACAAUACCAGAUGAACAAAUCAAAAACACAGGAGUCCUUACCAAGAAUCAUUCCUGUGCGCCUGAACGGCGAAAAAGGUUCCUGUGGUACAGUAGCGGCGUGGGAAGGUAGUGGGGUUCGGUGUCGCAAGGUCGAUCUCACUUCGCCCACGUCGCCCCCCGCUACUACGCCGGUGGUGCAUCCUGCCCCAGGCGCCCCUCCUACACACAUGGUCGGUGUUGAGAGGCGACAAAGCAUAUUACAGGUAGCUUGGGUCGACGCAGACACCGGACAAGAGCGUGUACUAUGGCGUGAAAUAGACAAGCUCUCCAGGGUGGUUUUCCCUGCGUUGUUUCUACUCUUCGUGACGAUGUAUUGGCCUGUACUGUUGUUGAAGACAAAGGCCUCCUCAUAACAAUGCAUGGCAUCUUAUUAGGCCUCAAUUGUAUGAUGCUAAAAUCCUGUCCCUGUGACAUGAUCAUGAGGCAGAGUUCCAAGGUCUUCACUCUCGUUGUGAGGUGUCUUUGAUACCACGCUUCAGUAAAAUAGAAGUUAUAUCAUAUGAUGGGAAGUUUUGAUAUGAACAAUUAAUAUUGAGUGAUUUACGGACUAAUCUAUACAAGAUCAAAAAUUAUGGACUUGCAACUUGCAAUUUUUCAAUCACGAUGCAAGAUAUUUUUUAAGAAAGUGAAUGUAGAUAGAAUUCAAUCUAUACUUUUUGUAGUAACUUGGAAAAUUAAGUUUCUCGACUCUUCUCUGACACGAGAUUGGCUACGAAUAGAAAUAGUAAAUUAGCGAUACGAAUCUGAAACUGUUUUUAAUUAUAGGUAAUUAAUUAAUUAACGACUUAAAAUAUGAAUGCUUUAAACAUAAUAAUAGGUUAUGUGUUGUAGUUGAUCUUGCCUAGAUUAUUGUUUCAGCAUAAGUGUUUUGUUUUAUGUGGUUCUUUGAUCACAUUAAUGUAGGUAAUAUAAAAGUAGAAUUAGUAAAUAAGAUAAAUAACAUCAUACAAAUUAUUUAAACUUCAACGAAUUAUUUUCAUAACGAUUUGAAUUAUUUCGAACGAAUCUGAAAUUCACGAAUGAUUAAAUUCAGGCCGAAAUCGUUGCUAGACGUCCUCCUUUAGUUCUUGGAAUUAAGCGCUUUUAUAUUUUAUUCAACGCUUUUAUAUUUUAUUAUAAAUUCAAUUUAAAGAUAAAACACACUUCAUGUGUUCACAAAUAAUAUACGAAAAUUACGUGGUUCACGACUAACAUACAUGAUACAUAUGUCAACGUAAAUAUGUCACAUCGUAUUUUCACGUUACAAAAACGAAUACACGAACGAAAAACGACUCCAAUAAUAUUUUUUACACUCGUGACAGUUAAUAAAUUAUAAAAACAUCCUUAAAAAAUUGAAUUUCGUUUCUAAAAAUGUAAGUAUAAACUGGCUGCUAUGCGAAAUGUUAAUAUUCGUCAUAACUUAAUAAGGUCUGUCGCUUUUUAAGCUGUAAGUUUAUUUAUGGAAGUUUAUAUAUCUGCUUACGGUAGAAAUACAAGGAACGUUGAUAAAAUAUUUAACAAGCAUUUUACCCGGCGAGCUGUUAACACGGUCCAUGAUUGAUAUGCCUUAUUUUUUUAAGAAAUACUUUCUUUAUUUAUAAUAUUAAAGUGUAAAUAAAGUCUAUUUAAAUCGUCCAUAUCGUGAAAGAUUUGGGGAAAAGUUUGUACC